AUGCAAGAAGUACUUGUGGAGUUUCUCAUACUGCUGGCAUUAGUUGGAAGCGCUGGGGUGACUUUGACCCUGGUUUUCUAUCCAUGCUGGUCCGUGAUGGAGAGACGCACUUCAAUGACGCGUGACGACGGCAAUGAUAGUGAGAGAAAAGCUAACGUUUGCUUGACCAGUGAUGAGAGGAUAUUUGCCAUUGGUGCUAGUGUCGCUGCCAUGGCGACUUGCGUUGCCAUCCUCGUCGACGGGCUCAUCAUUUGCAUCAGCAUCAACACCUCUGAUUAUGAGAGCAAGGCGCAAAGUCAUUCCACUCAGGGCAUUCAGACUGAAAAGAGGGUUGAUGACGAACCAGCAUCUCAAGGCUUUUAUCCCGAAGAUUAAUUUUUUCAAAGGUUUCUGAAAGCACGAUCGAGAUGCUUGAUGAAUCUGAUUGUCGGAGGAAACACCUGCGCCGCUUAUUUCUUUUUUCUGCGAAUAUGAUUUCAUUUGAACAUGAUUGAAAUAAAUCUGUGGUUCUCUG